CUAUUGUUCUAGUCUUCCAAAGGCUUGAACUUGAUGAAGAAACCAGUGCACCCUCCAUUUCAAAUGUCCACAGAAGAUGAAUUUGAUUCCUUUGAGGCAUACGAAGAAGGCGAUGCUGAUCGAAGCCUGGUGCAGUACGCAAACGGGGAGCAAACUCAAGUUUCCGCUUUGGAUGAUUUAUAUCUAAACAUUGUUUCUUCACCAUUUCAGUUUUGUGAUGAGGAGAUGGCAAAAUUGUCAGGUUUCAACUCUCAAAACUCACCACUUGUUGAAGCAAAUGAGGAGGAGAAGUCCUAUGCAUUUCCCUCUGCAUCUAUGGAGAUUUUGAGGGGCUGCAGAAGUAGGAUUAGACUGAGCAACGAGGCUGAAGUGAAGGCGCCGCCUCCCUCAGAAAUGUCGAUCAAUCAUGUGAUCAAGCUCGCUGCAGCCAACUUCAUCCAGUCCAAGAUGGCAUGUUCAAGUGAACUUUAUGCUAUCAACCAUCCAUAUGCAGAUGUAUUUCUAGACCUCUCCAGAGAGAAUGCUGCGGAUGUUCGUCUCGUGCAGGACCUCCUUUCAUCUGCUGAGAAAGUGGAUAAUUAUCAGUUUGAUUCUGUAAGCAAACUUCUUGAAGAGUGCCACAGGCAGAGUUUUAAGCAAAUGAACAAAACACAAAGAUUGGUGUACUAUUUCACUCAAGCCCUCUUUGAAAAGAUCGAACGAGGACAAGGGAAGUGCACGAAUAAAAUGGAAACUCCACGAGAUCUCACUGCCCCGAGCUCUGCCACAGCUGCCUUCUUCGAGAAGCUGCCUUUCUCUCAGAUCACACAGUUUGCUGCCGUUCAAUCAAUGGUGGAAUGCAUAUCCGGUUAUAGAAAGGUGCACGUUGUUGAUCUUGAGCUCCGUUGUGGGGUCCACCAGACCGUCCUGAUGCAAGCUCUGGCUGCAGCCAGAGCUUGCACCGUACAUUUCAAGGUAACUGCAAUAGCGAUUGAGGCGAGCACCGUGAUUGAGGAGGCCGGUGUGAGGCUUAGAGCUAUAGCCACUUCCUUGAAUGUGGAUUUCUCCUUCAAUGUGUUAACUUUAGAGGAUGUUUUCAAUCAUCAAAUAUGCGUCUUCGAUCUUGAUGAUGACGAGGCAGUUAUAGUCCACAGCGCCCAUGCUUUGGAGAAGCUCGUCUCGAGGCCAAGGGAGCUCGAUGUCUUGAUGAGGAUCAUCAAGAGGAUCAAUCCUAAUGUGAUGGUCAUCACUGAGGCCGAAGGGAAUGUGAACUCCCCGGCCUUUGUGGACCGUUUUGUUGAGUCUCUUCUCUUCUGUGGUGCUUAUUUCGACAGUUUGGGGGAUUUGUUGAGGAAUGGUGGUGCGGAGAGGUCGUUUAUUGAGGCGAAUAUCCUCAGCCCAGUUGUGAGGAACACUGUGGUGGCUGAGGGGCACGAGAGGGGGCACCGGAUUGUGGGGAUAGAGGUGUGGAGGGCCUUUCUUGGAAGGUUUGGGAUGGUGGAAAUGGAGCUUAGCAAAGUGGCUCUGGAUCAUGCAAAAAUGAUUCUUGAUAGAUUUGAGUGUGGAGAUUGUUGCACAAUUGGAUUCAAUGGAGAUUCCCUCGUUGUUAGCUGGAAGGAGACACCAAUAUGUUCAUUGUCUGUGUGGAAGUUCAGGUAAAGCAAGAGCAUGGAGUCUAAGAAAGUUGGUUUCAAGACUCAAUUAAUCUCCAUUCCACACUUCCAGCUUAUGCAGUUAAUCAGAAAUACAGUUUUUAUGAUAUUACUAGCAAAUGUGACAUUGGAUGAUUGGAAACACAAUAGGUAGACAAAUUUGCAUGCAUUUUUCAAUUCCAUUUAUAUCCAACACCCUUAUCCCAUGUAUGUAACUAUGUAAGCAAAAGCAAUGGCGAAUCCAGAUAGGGUGGGUGGAGUCUGGAGAUCGAAUGACCCCAUCACCAGCCCAUAAGGGUCUGGGCCUGAAAAUUCAAUUAGAUUUGACUUUUGGAGUUGUCGACUUGUCGUCCCUCGGUGUGGCAGCUCCACCUGAACCCCUUGGGGUUCAUUCUUGUUCUUUGUUUUGUAUUGCUUAAUUACUUUACACAAAUGAGUUAUCCCUUUUGAAGGGACAUGUACAAUGAAAGAAAUACUUAGCU